AUGGGCGCUUUUCCCACCUACGUAUCUUCGAAACCCAGUCGCUCUCCAACGCCAGCGGAGAUACAACGGGCAGAUUUGCAAACGGCCUUGACGGCGGCGCCGCCCAUGGGCGAGGCCUUGCGGCUCGUGUGUGAGGCCCUGAUGCGCAAGCUCGCUAAGGCUAUGAUGAUAGAGCUGGAAGAUUUGGACUCGAGCAGGCCCGCAAGUUCUUACGGUGUCGACAGCGUCGUCGCAGUCGAGGUGCGGCGGGGGGUGUUCAAGGCCGUGAAGAGCGACAUCAGCGAAUUUGACAUUUCGAGCAACACGCCCCUUACACAACUGGCUUCUUCCCUCGGCUAA